GUCUUCUCUUUCUCUCCACGUAAACAUCAAUAAACUCAUCUCUCUCUUUUGUAAGUCUUCUGUUUGCUUUUCCAUUGUUGUUCAGGUUCAUCAUGAAGAGGUCCUGGCUUAUGGAGAUGAUAGAGACUGAAAAGAGCAAUAUUAUUUAUAAUAAUGUUAAUGCAACAGGAUAUUCUAAAUCGGAGGAAUGGCAGAAAAGCGUUUACUAUACGUUAUGUGGUUCAUAUGCUUUUGUCUCUCUUGUUGCACUGGUACAACUUUUGCGUAUUCAAUUGAGAGUACCAAAUUAUGGGUGGACAACGCAAAAGGUUUUCCACUUAAUGAAUUUUCUUGUGAAUGGAUUGAGGGCUAUCCUCUUCUGUAUGUACAGGAGUGUGUAUCUUUUAAGGCCAAAGGCACUUGAAAUGGUUCUUCUUGAUCUUCCCACCCUUCUAUUUUUUUCAACAUAUACGUUACUUGUGUUGUUCUGGGCUGAGAUAUAUCACCAGGCAAGGAGCAUGCCCACGGAUAAACUUAGACCUGCAUAUUAUAUCGUAAAUGGAUUCGUAUACACCGCACAGAUGUGCCUCUGGAUUUAUGUAAGAUUAAGCGAAAGUCAUGUUUCUUUGGAAGUCGCUAAACUCUUUCUUUCAGUUAUUUCCUUCUCUGCAGCAUUGGGUUUCUUAAUAUAUGGUGGCAGAUUGUUUGUCAUGCUGAGACGCUUCCCCAUUGAAUCCAGGGGUCGUCAAAAGAAGCUAUAUGAGGUCAGCUUUGUGACAGGAAUUUGCUGUACCUGUUUCCUAAUAAGAUGUAUUAUGGUUGCUUUAUCAGCCUUAAACAAGAAAGCUGACCUCGACGUCCUAGAUCAUCCACUGCUGAAUCUUCUCUAUUACAUGCUUGUAGAAAUAAUCCCCUCUGCUUUAGUGCUAUUCAUCCUGAGGAAGCUGCCUCCACGGAGAGUUUCGGAUCAGUAUCAACCCAUCCAAUGAGCACAUGAUUGUUCAGCUCUAGCUCCAGCUUUCAGCUUCAGAUUUUUUGUCAUUUCUCUUUCCAUGUACAUUCAUUCAGCUAAUACUACUGUUUCUUCAAAUUAAUUAGCAAAGAAACAUACAUUUUUUCAUUAUUA